UGAAACAUCCAUCACAUGCUACUCCCAUGUUACUUUCCUUCCUGCUUUUCACUCUUGUGUCUCUAUUUUUUACGAUUUGAUCACUUUGACUACCUCGAUCUUCUAGUACAUAUUGCCACUCGUCCACUUCGUUCUUAAUCCAACACACGACAAGAUGCCGAUCAAAACAUGGCUCACAGAGACCCUUGGGAUACGCGUUCCCCUCGUGCAAGGAGGCAUGAUGUGGGUAGGAAAGGCAGAGAUGAUCAGCGCAGUUGCGAAUGCAGGUGCACUUGGGUUCCUCACUGCACUCACACAGCCGUCCCCUGAGGCACUUCGCCAGGAGAUCCGGAGGACGAAGUCCAUGUUGAAGCCAAAUGCAGUACAGUUUGGUGUCAACAUCACCCUUCUCCCUUCGAUGAAUGCGCCAGACUAUCCUGCAUAUGCAAAGGUAGUAGUCGAAGAGGGCAUCAAGAUUGUUGAGACAGCAGGCGACCCAACACCAGUUCUGAAAUACCUCAAAGACAACGGCGUGACCGUCUUCCACAAAUGUGUCACUCUGAAGCAUGCGCUACGAGCAGAGAAAUUGGGCGUGGAUUGCAUUUCCAUCGACGGAAUCGAGUGUGCCGGCCAUGGAGGAGAGUACGACACAACAUCGCUCAUGCUCCUGUCGCUCUGCAAGGAGCAGCUGAAGAUCCCAUACCUCGCAUCUGGUGGUUUCGCAAAUGGACGGCAACUGGCGGCUGCACUGGCGCUGGGUGCCGUUGGAGUCAACAUGGGUACACGGUGGAUGUGCACGGUCGAGUCUCCGAUCCACCAAAACGUCAAAGAAGCAAUCGUCAAGGCCACGGAGAACGAUACGAUUCUGGUCCUUCGCAAAUUCAGGAACACCUCGAGGCUGCACAAGAACAAGGUUUCGGUCGAGGUGCACAAGAUCGAAAACGAGAAGAAGGACGUAGAGUUCAAGGAUGUGGCACACCUGAUGAGCGGCAAACGCGGACAGGGUGUGUACGAGACUGGUGAUGUCGAUGCAGGAGUUUGGAGCCUUGGAAUGUGUGCAGGGUUGAUCCACGACAUACCGACCUGCGAGGAUCUGGCGAAGACUAUGGAGCGGGAUGCCAUUGACACCCUGACACAGUCGAAUGCAUUGGUAGUCAAGAGCGCGAAGCUAUAGACAUGUGCAAUGGUGUACGAACAAUAU